AUGGUUCAAACACCAAGCAAGGCGAAUAUUUCCAACAUUCGUCAAAGAGUUUCAGCAAGCAAAUCCUCAACUUCUACCUACAAGUCAGGUUACAUCCCAGUAACUGACAAUGGUAGCUCAGCUUCACUCCCCUCUGUGGUUGACCCAACAUCCAAAACCUUGGAUAACAACCAAGCUGGUUCUGAAAAGAACCUUGAUGCUAUUCUCAACGCCAUCACUUCUUUGGGUGAGAGAAUAAAGCAUCUCGAAGCUGUUCCUCCUGUUCUGCAACAAGCUAAUCAACUUGAUGAAGACCCUGAUGAGGAAUCCGCUGAUGAGGAUUUCACUGGUAAACAUUGGGGUCUAACUACUAUCAAGGAGAUUAGACGUAACUACGAAGUUGGUGAUAGACUAUCCGAUGGAGAUGUCUUAAGUUUUGUCUCAGCCAAAACACUUCGUCAUUACUCUUCCAAUGAGGCGUUGUUGAAUAGAGUUCAAGUUUUGAUGGCUCGAUUUGAAUCUGUCAUUCACAACUCUCGUAACUAUCCUCGUCUGCAAGAAAUUCAAUCCAAAGGCUUGCAAAAGAUGAUGGAAAUGUUACAUUUGAAGUCUAAAUUACUUCAGUUUGCUCUGAGCCAUCCAUUAAAUGUAACCAACAUCAUUGAAAUCACUGAGUUGGUGUUUCUUCUCUCUGAGGUUGAGAAAAUCUUUUUAGAAGAAGGUUUAUUCGAAAGUAACUUUGAUGUUGCGAACCAAUUUAUUCAACCCUUCAUCCAAAGCAACACGUUUGCUGAUAUAACAGAAAAAGCUCGCCAAAAGAAGAGAGAGAAAUCUGUAGUAAAGCAUGCCAUUACCAGCAAGAUCCAAAAACCUCUAAAGAUGAAAGAAAAGUUUCAAAAACCGUCCUCUCAUCAAGGUGGCAUCCCUAACAGCUAUUCAAAGCCAUUCAACAAUUACAACAAGAGUGGUUCCUCUUUUCAAAAGUCAGGAGAUUCCAAGCCAAAGUACAAUAACAAUGGUGGAGGAGCUUUCAAACAAGACCUCUGA